AUGCGCUGGAGGUUAUGGCUCCUGAUAGCAGUAGUUUCGGGUCUUGCCGUCUGCGCAGAUGCUGGAAGUCUACGUGGAACGCAGCAUCUUCAAAGGACGGCAUCCGACCCAGGUGACGACAUCACGGCCCUGAUGCGGAGGCUCAAGAUAGAGGACACGACCAGACCACCGAAAAUAGAGGACACUACUACAGUCACGACCACUUUGACUGGAACAGCAACCAGCACCGCGACGACUUCCAUGACAUCAGUUUCACACACAGCAACAACGUCAACAGCAACAACAACGACGACGACGACCGACACGACUUUCACCAAAACUACCACAGUGACCUCGACAACAGCUUCCACCACCUCAACCACGAUAACUACAACAACGAUAACCACAACAACAGCUUCGGCCACAGCAACAGCAUCAUCGACCAGCACAUUCACUAGAUCUUCAACAGUUACGACAAGCACAAUUUCCACCGAGACCACAAGUGCGACACUAACGGUCACGACCGUCACCAGAUCUACGAGCACGACACAUAGCACAACAACAUCCACCACGACCACAGGCACCUCAAGGACAGGGACCCGCACAGCUACCAGCACAAGUAGCAGCGGGUCGCAGACGUCAACCAUCUCCAGUUCAACCUCGUUGUCCUUGACUUCCACAGAAACUUCAAAGACACGCACAGCCACAACAAGCACUUCGACGAUUACUGUCACCUCCACGACCACAGGCACUAUGUCUCAAACAUCUAGCAGAAGCUACACCAGCACGCGCACGGCAGUGACGCAGACAUCAUCCACCACGUCUUCUACGAGCACCUCCACCGUGUUGUCUCCUCUUGAUCUGCUGGAAGAUGAUUGGGUGAACAAGUCGAAGCUUCUGGAAGUGUCAAGGGUGGCUGCCGUGGCGCUUCUGCAGCAGGAACAGACAGUGGCGAAACAGUUCUUGUCAAAGGUGGGCGCAGGCGAGGACACAGUGGUGUCCUCCGUAACUGGUUCAGAUGGCAACGAGAUGACAGUGGCAGUGCUAAAGCCUUCCAGGACAUCUGACGCAUUCAAGCUUCGCACGGGAGAGUCCGGAAACGUCUCUGUCCCCAAAGCUGUGCUGCAGCAACUGGGGUCGGGCGUAGUAGCCUUGACGGCCGGGCCGCUUAGUUCCGAGAUGACAAGGCUAUUAUCUGCCGCUGGUGCUGGCACCUCGCAAAACGAGACAGAUCUCGCGGCUGUGCCGUUGAGCCUGUCGCUCUUUGAUUCUUCAGGCAUCCCACUCGAAAAGACUCUCGAAGAGCCGAUCGUUCUCUCGCUCAACGGCGACGACCGCAAUGCGGUCUGUGUCUUUUGGGAUCCAGAGAAGCUUAAGUGGUCUCGAGAAGGAGUGUCCAGAGUGCUGGAUGGCUCUUCGUCGAUCAGUUGCCAAACGACCCACUUGAGCAUUUUCGCCGCAAUGCGUUUCGCAGAGCUGGACUUCAACGAGGCCUUCGAUUGUGCAAGUGAGACAUUUCUGUUCUCCACUGAGUCUUUGGGGAAGAACUCCAGCUGGUGGCGACAGGGAGCGGCAUCGGCACUCUGGGCUGUGCUGGUUCUGAGCAUCAUCGCUCUGUUGGUCGCUCUGAGCCGGGAUGCCCGGAGCGACCUGUCGAAGUGGAGUUGGGAGCUCCUUUCAGAGCCACCGCUUGGAGAAGGCGGCUUAGACAGCGACAAUAGGGAGAGGGAAAGCUUCCAGAAGCAAAGCCACUCCGAGCCCCCGCUAUUAGAGCGGGUGAUGAUCUACUGCUUCCGGUGCCUCCAAGCCUUCCAUGUGGGGGUGGACGUGGACACGCUAGGCCUCAGCCUUGUGUUGGCCCAGGACCCAACUGACCGUGAUCCCACACCUUUGCGCCGUGCAGCCUUGGACCUCGCAGAGGAAAAGGACCUCUUUGCCUCGGCCACUUCUGCCAUCUGCAGCUUCACAGGAGCCCAAAGCCUCUUGGCCAGAUUUCUGCUUCUUUUUCCAGCCCUUCAUCCUGGCACGGGCCUCCUGGCCAGCAGCCUCUUUUAUCCGCGCUGCUCCGUCGUCAUCUUAUUCUCUUGCAAGCUGAUGGGCCCCAUGGCGCUGAAUGUCUUCGCGCUGCAAAGCUUGGGCAUCGUUUUCAAGUAUUCUCCGGAGAAUGCCUGCGAGGUCCAAGAAGCUCUGGUGAAGCCUAUGUGUGCUGCCAUGAUCUCGUGCUUGCUUGGGCAAUGUGUCGUAGUUCUUCUUCGGCGCUUACAGCUUUACGACUGGUCGAAGGAAGGGGAGUGGACUGAUGAGUGGCUUCGGGUCCAGCAGUGGAGGAGACGAGUCUGCUUAUACUGGACUGCAAGCUUGCUGUACCUCGCGCUCAGCAUUCUUUGCAUAGCUGCCUUUCUAUCUUCCGUGUCUCCAGGUGAUGGCACGUACUGGCUCUACGGUGCGCUCGUCAAUGCCGUCUUCCAGCUGUUGCUGGUGCCAUUUCUCAAUGCCUUCAGCCUCGCGCUUCUCUCCAUGGUGGCUCGUGUCAGCAAGCCCCGGAAGAGUGCGGAAGCAGAGGGCAAGGGCAAAGGCUCAGUUGGCUCAGACUCGCAGCUGGAGGCGGUGCGGCCAAAAGCUGCCGAUCUCACUCGCUGGGAGAAGUCGGGCUCUCAACCCGGAACCCCACGGCGCUUCCGCUCAGGAUGCGUGCUGGAAGACUACUUCGCUGUCACAGAGUCUGCCCCCGACUCUUCCCGGCUGGGUUCACUUGACUUGUCGCCUCUUCGUGGACACGACAAGGAUGGGAUUGCUUUCAAUGAGACCGGCUUCAGUUUCAAGCCUGAGACUGUCGAUUGUGAGAAGGAACGUGUGGUGCGACCAGAUACUCCUAGGUGCUUUGAGGCAACGGUGCAAAUGGGCCAUGCUGACAAGAAGCCCACAGGCGGCUUGCUUUUGUCGGGAAGACCCAGCAGCCCGUUACAGCCAAUGGCUGCCGGCUUGGAAGGUUGCAAGUGGCGGGAAGAUGGCGACGGGCUUGAGCUCGACUUGUCUCAAGACCUGCCAGGUUCUCUCCUGAACGAGGCUUUCGAUCGUCUUCGACCAACCUGCGCAAUGCCUUCCAACAAGGGCCUGGACAGUGACAGCGAGGCCUUGUCGGAUCUUGUGCUGGACAUGCUUGACGUCGACCGGCCGCCUGCAAGACAGUCCUCGGACUUCCGAGACGAAGAAGGACUUGGAACACUGCGACUCCACUUCGGCUCGGAAUCUCUGGGCCGCACGAUGACAUGGUCACGGAAAGUGGAGCCCAAUCUCAGCAGUAUCCAUGAAAGCCAGGAUGACUGGCCUCAGAAGCCUUUCCACUUUAGUGACGAGGUCUUCGACGAAGGAGACAUGGACAUGUCUGACCUACACUGUGCAUCUCCCGUCAAAGCGACGCCAGAGAGUCAAGCCAGUGAUGUGGCUUUCGAUGCAUUCCCAGCACGACUACGAACGGCAGUUGCAGGCAUGGACAGCGAUGGUGGUGCAUGGGCCUGGGUGAGACCUUCCCAUGUACCUGACCCAUAUGGGACCUGGACCUCCUCGGAGUCCUCCGCUUCUUCGGCGGCCUUCGAGGAGAGUCCUUUUUCGGCUUCUGCCUGCGCGCGACAGGAUGAUUCUCUCCGCCAGAGGCCUGCCGAGAGCAGCUCCCGAGGUGACGUGUUUUGCGUUGAUAUCGCCUCCCCAUCGGAUGAGGAUGCACCGGAAGAGGCUUUUGACUCUGCAGAGGUGAGUGACUUGCGGCACGCGUCGCAGGCCGAUGCGAUGCAAGCAUGGACUGCCGUCUCCUGGACCCCAUCUAUGCAGGAGGCCGUGCCGCAGUGGAGCAGACCACCAGACAGGCAGCGCAAAGUGCCGCUGUUGGGCGAAGAGCGACCCUGGAGGAAUUGGCUGUCUCGUGCAGCUGCAGACACGUAG